AGGGGCCGGUUUCCGGCGGGGGUUUAGCUGUGGGGCCUGGACUGGUUGGUGCUGUAGUUUUGUUCCAAGUAUGAAUCGUGUCCUGACCAAGGUGACCAAGGUCCCAUGUGUGAGAAAUGCAAUCCUCCUUAAACAAGCUGCUGCUAUGGUCGUCAGGUUUACAUCUUUAAGACAACUUCCUUUGUCAUUAACAGAAGGAUCAGGGAUAUGCAAUAGGCAUUAUAGAUACAAUGCCCAAACCAAUAUUUUAUAUCUUCAGAUUUGCGACUUUGUGAGGUACAAAAAGUAUCUACUGCCAAAAGAAAUUCAACGGAAGAGAAAAGAGAAGCUACAAAUGAAGCAACUCAAGAUGGGCACUGAUACAGAAUAUGGCGUUCUCAAUAUCCAAGUCACUGGCCAUGACAUGACAAUUUUGGAACACUACAGUCAGUACAUCCAUAGGCUCUGCAACCAAUUGAAGAUCAACGUAGAGGAAAGCUAUGCAAUGCCCACCAAAUCCACUGAGAUCUCACAGUUACAGGAAAAAGGCACCAAGAUGAAUGUGGAAGCUGUGAUUCUCACCCAUGAGAGAAUUGUACAGGUUAGUGGUUUGAGCUCGACUCUCCUGCCGGUUGUUGUGGAAGUCCUUCAGACUAAUCAGCCAGAAGGUGUGCAUCUGUGCAUCAAAGAACACACGGAAGCUGAUUUUCAUUCCCGCUUCAAGGCUAGGCCAGAAUUAGAAGGAUUAAUCGCACAAAUAAAUUGAGAAGAAAUCCAAAGACUGUGACUAUUUUGGAUGACAGUUUACCAAUCAAAUUAUGGGCUACUUUGAGUAGUGACAUCGGGGAACUAUGAUGGAAAAUAAUAUGUAAUAAUCAUUGUUUCAAGGAUUCCCACACAAGCAGGUAAAAGUGGUGUACUUGGAUACCAAUUAUUAAAUAAAACAAAUUCCCUUUUUUUGUAAUCU